UAAUACGAAGACGUAACCCGUUUCAUAACCUCAAUAUUCGAUAGAAUAUACGAAACAAAGUAAAGUGCUAAUGCAAUAAUUAAAGUUUUGCGGGGAUAUUUGGCUCCACACGCGAUGAACUUUCUUAAGUUUGUCGCGCAGAUGCCUGCGAUAGGCAUAAGAUCCGUGGCAAGUUUAAUGUCGCAAACCAAACUUCCGCAGCAUUCUACCCAGUCGUUGGUUAAUAGAAUAUCCGGAUUGCUGUUUCAAGGCAGGACGAUGGCGAGUCUCCAACAAAUGCACAGGACCGGGCCGCACUAUAAAAAGCGAAUAAAGAAGCGACCUCUGGACGGCAAUCCGUUCAUGAAGGGAGUAGUGAUCAGAACGCUAAUUAAAAAACCGAAGAAGCCGAAUUCGGCAAAUAGGAAAUGCGUGUUGGUGAAACUGAGCAACGGUAAAGAAAUGGUGGCAUACGUGCCCGGUAUCGGACACAGUUUACAAGAGCACCAUAUAGUACUGUGCAGGGUCGGACGCUUGAAAGAUUGUCCGGGCGUAAAAAUCACCUGCGUUCGCGGAAAAUACGACCUAGGACACGUCAUCAAAGCCAAACAGUAAUUUUUUCUGUAAUUUUGGAAAUUAAAAAUUAGUUUUCAAAU